AUGGAGCAGGGGAAAGAGGAAGACUUGGGGGGUUACAGUAUCCAUCCUCAAAGUUACCGAUGUUUCAAGGCAGUCAUGUUCCUUGUAGGUUUCAUCCUCGCCUCCGUCGUGUCAUUCCUCAUCUGUCAAGAGCAGAGUUCUCUAGCGACAGGGGCCAAUGCAGGCAUCGCCCUGGCCAUCGGCCUCCUCUGCGGCCUCAUCACGAUGCUCAUCCAGAUUGUCGGCCUCUUCAUGACGGGAGUCCACAUGGGUCUCUUCUCCGCCAUCAUCGUCCUCAUCAUCAUCGAGCAGUUCGUCCACAUGGAUGUCCUUCUCGUCCCGAUCGGCAUCACCUUCGGUCUGGGUAUCAUCUUCGGACUCAUCACCCUCAAAUUCCAGAGAACUUUUGUGAUCCUUGCCACCUCGCUCAUCGGUGGCGCGAUCGUCGCCACAUGCACAGACUAUUACCUUGAACUGUUCCGUAUGGUGAACUAUGUCUAUGACCGGUUUAGAUUGCAGGUCUCACUGGAGCCAUGUUGGUAUAGCUGGCUUAUACUGGCAUUAUGGCCGUUUGUUUCGUUAGUUGGCAUAAUCAUCCAAUAUAAAGUCACUGCCAAAGGAUUUAACCAUAAACAAGUGCAGAACUCCUGA